AUGUCAGACAAAAACGCCGAAGCAUCCUCCUCCACGUCCACUACCCCAGUGACCGUCUCAGUAGCAGCAUCUCGUAACGGUCGAACACCCGGUAAAGCUCACAAGGGCGAGAAGACAGCUGUGAAACGAAGUUACAUCUCCCAAUCUAUCAAGACGCCGUUUGAGAAGAGGAGGGAGAAGGAUAGGCAACAGGAAGCUAUGAAAGCUGUUGAGAAGGAGUUGAAGGAUGAUAAACAGGCUGAGAAGGAUAGGAAAGUAUCGAUCAUCAAAGAACGAAGAGAAAGAGCAGCAGAGAAACAGAGAAUGGAAGAUAUGAAAGCCAAGAUGAGUGCGAAGAAAUUGCAAAGGAUGAAGAAGAGGCAAGGAAGAACCAAGAAGAUCAACGGAUAA